UGCUCACACAGACCGGAAAGAGGAAGCAGAAUCUCCAAAAGAGCGCCUUGAUUGAAAAUAGAGACGUUACAGAAAGUGAGGAUGAGUUUCUUGCCUCGCCCUUUGGAUCCUCUUGGGUGCAGCAGUGUCCAGGAGCAGAGGGACUUGUGGCAAAGAAAAUUCUGUCGAAUAGCCAAAGAAAUGGUGCAAACAGAACAACGCUACUGCCAAAAGCUGGAACUGGUCACCACCUUCUUUGUGGACAUUUUGAAGGCCAAAGGAACCCUGAGGUCGGACAUUAGAGAAGACAUUUUCUGUUCAAUUAAAGCUAUUCUAUCAGUAAACCAGUAUAAACAUUUCCUGCAGGAUCUGACAGCCAACAUCAGUGUAGACCACCCAGAGUAUGAACAGCUUUUAAGAGCAGUGACUGUCGUGUGUGCGGUGUCCCAGCGUAUUGACGACAAUACCCGGCACCAUGAGAACCACUUGGAGCUUUGCCGUGUGCAGAAACUGCUGAAAGGGAGAAAGAUGAAGGUGUUGGCUCCAGGGAGGUGGUACAUUUGCGAGGGCUGGCUGAAGGUGGUCCCACCAAAGGCUGCAGAGGCCAAGCCUAAGAUGUUCUUCCUGUUCUCCGACAUGCUGCUACAGGUCAAGCGUUGCAGCUCCCUGCAUUCCACCAGUGGACAGAAGUUUACUGCCGAGCAUGCCUAUCCACUGCAGGACUGCACCGUAGAGAAGGUGUUUGGCCACACACGGAGCCAGGGAGGCCUGCUCAGUCUGACCUUCCCCAGAGCCACUCUGCUACUGAUGUCCAGCAACCAGGAGAACCUCAACGACUGGUACCAAAGCCUGAGUUCAGCUAUCAGGAAGCAGAAUUCUAAGCAGACGGCGAUCUAUCAAAGAGACGAGCUGUGCCGCAGACCUCUGCGCUCUGCCGCCGAUAGCCACAACACUGCCAACGCCGCCAGCAGAAAGAGAAACAUGCUCACUGCUGAGAUCAGUGAGCUUCCUCAGGAGCCUCCAGUUGAGCAGGAGUACAGCGCCCCCAAGAGGAUGAAGCCGUCUGAUGCUUCAGAGCAGAGUGCAGAGACUUCCAGCUGUGUGAUCCUCUGAUGGGCUGGAAGAUGAACCCAACCCUGCCUGGGAGUUUCAAUAAGGACCUUUGCUGUUUUGACACGCCUGCGCUCCAUAGCACCGUUUUUUCCUUUAUCAUGAAAUCAGAAGAGCUUUAUAUUAUUACUAAAGAGCAGCUUCUGCUACUACCCAUCUCGUGCAAUACAAACUAUAAUGACCUGCUGCUAUCGGGCUACAGCAAACAUUCAUUGCUUUACAGAAUCAUAUUGCAGCAACUUUUCUCCUGUAUGUUUUACUCUUUUGCAUUUAUAAUCACCCCGUAGUGUUGUGCAGAAAUACAACAACACACAUGGCAAAAGGACAGUGGUGGUUGGUCAGUGUCAGCGUUCGUAGUGAAAGUGUGAGACAGCAACGCAGGAUCAUUUAUGUCUGAUUCAGCCUGAACGUCAGCUUGACCGGGACGAACCUCCAUCAGUGCGCGCUGUCGUCAGGCAGAUUAUUGUUACUGCAUCUAAGCUGUGAUUUGUAUGAAACUAUGAAAUGGCCAAUGUGAAAUCAAUCAAUCAGAUAACAGCGCCAAAGGGAGACAAUGACAGUUUAAAUAUUUAGCAGUUUAUUAGUCAUUUGUGGAUUUUUGUUAAUUAUAAUAAUGAAUGAUGUUACUUCUUGUUUUAUUUGAAAGUGUCCAUUGCUUCAUAAUUAUGUGCACAUAUGCAUGUCUGGAGCUCGAGUCCAUAAUCUUGGUGAAGCCUUAGUUAUAAGAUUCAGUCAACACACCGAUGCAUUACACACUGAGGUUACUUCAUUUGCUUCUCAUGAUACUUGUUGAUUGAAUCAAUCAAUCAAUCGACUGAUUGACAUAUAUGUAGUGGAUAUUUAAAUGAUUUGUAUAUUGGAUGAAUUGCUUUGAUUGUAAACUGAAUAUUUGCAUUUAAUGAUCUGCAACAAUGAUGUAACUGUUUUCAUCCAGUGUCCAAAAACGUAUCCAGGGACAGUCCCUGUGAUGUUGGCUACAGGAAAUGUGAGGACGGUAACUGCCUCCCACUUCUAAACUAAACUGUUUCCAACCUGCUUACACAUCUAUACAACAAGUUAACUGUCUUUUAUUUUGUAAUUACGUUGUGUUACAUGUAUUCUCUGUUACGCCAUUUAAUCAUCUCAUAACAACAAAUCAAAAAGUAUGAAUUUAUAGUUGGACUUUUUUAACACUGCCUCACGUUUUAGACUUUUAAUGCGUUUGCUUUAAAAUUUAAAGAUGUUUGUAGAAGUGGAUCAUUUCACAAUAAAACACUGAAAGACA